AGAAAAACGAUUACCACCCAUAAUACUUUCCAUUCAACAGAUGCUGCACUAUAUGUAAUAAAAGUUUGAUUUGAUCGCAGUUCACCGUGGAUGGAAGCGCACUGCUGGAACGCGCAGACGUCCGUUUUUCUAUUGGCUCUCCGCUGCGUCGCUCACAGGAAUGACGAUUUUGCUGCUAUAACCAGCUGAUACUGAGGCUACGAACACCAAGCCUCUGAAGAGCUGUUGACGGUACGCUGACCCUUCUGCCAUCGACGUUAUUUGUGCGGAUCCAGGUGUUGUCUGCCCACAGACCUGGAGAGGGGAAGACAUUUGAUCGUGUCACGACGCACCGGUCGUGUUUAUUCGCUCCUGUCGCAGGAUGUUUCUUCACCUCCCUACAUAAUCGUUUUCAAGGCAGUUAUGCUCUCUGCUUCACAGCGUCUGAUCUUUCUCAGGCGACACAUCACACAUGCAGAUGCCUCUCUGUGGAGUUUUGGAUAAAGGUACAGGAGCAACACAAAAAUAUGGAAUAAAAGGACCCUUUGAAGACCUAAAGUUGGAUAUUUUAAUAAAUACAAACUCACAUUAACGGGAAAGUUAAAUAGUCUCUGAAGAGUGCUGCAGGAAAAGUGAGUCUGUGGAAAGAAGAGGAGUAAAGAUGGCACGUAGUCAGAGGCCUGCCAUGUUUCUCCAGGAGUCUGCAGCUCACCUUGCCAGUUGCUGGUCCAAGCAGGAGUGUCCCUAUUAAAAUCCAAGCAGCUCAUUUUACCCGGUGGAGGAGAACCUGCUCUCGGUGAUGUGAUGAAUAAGUUUGAAGUCCUUGGCAUUGUGGGAGAAGGUGCAUAUGGGGUGGUGCUUAAAUGCAGGCACAAGGAAACCAAUGAGCUGGUGGCCAUCAAGAAGUUCAAGGACAGUGAAGAAAAUGAGGAGGUUAAGGAGACGACCCUUCGGGAGCUGAAGAUGCUCCGAACCCUGAAGCAGGACAACAUUGUUGAGCUCAAAGAGGCUUUUCGGAGGAGGGGGAAACUCUACCUCGUCUUUGAAUAUGUUGAGAGGAAUAUGCUUGAACUGCUGGAGGAAUUCCCCAAUGGCGCCCCACCUGAAAAGGUCCGCAGCUACAUUUUUCAGCUCAUCAAAGCCAUCAACUGGUGUCACAAGAAUGAAAUUGUACACAGAGAUAUCAAACCAGAGAACCUUCUCAUCAGUUCUGAUGAUGUUCUUAAACUUUGUGACUUUGGCUUUGCCCGUAACCUCUCUGAAGGAACAGAUGCCAACUACACUGAGUAUGUGGCGACAAGGUGGUACCGCUCACCUGAGCUGCUGCUGGGGGCUCCCUAUGGGAAGGCUGUGGACAUGUGGUCAGUGGGGUGUAUCUUGGGGGAGCUGAGUGAUGGACAGCCCUUGUUUCCAGGGGAAAGCGAAAUUGAUCAGCUCUUCACCAUCCAGAAGGUUUUGGGGCCUCUUCCUGCUGAACAGAUGAAACUCUUUUACAACAACCCGCGAUUUCAUGGAAUCAGGUUUCCCACAGUUACCCAUCCUCAGACUUUGGAGAGACGCUACCAAGGAAUUAUGAGUGGUUUAAUGUUGGAUUUGAUGAAGAGCAUGUUGCUGCUGAAUCCUACUGAGCGUUUUCUUACCGAGCAGUGUUUGAACCAUCCAGCUUUCCAGCCUCUGAGGCAGGCAGACCGAGAAAAAUCUUCUCCUGCAUCUCCCAACCCACCACGCUCGUCCAAGAGAAAAACGCACCACCAUGGAGAGAACACAGUUCCAACAAGAAGUCACAGCAAAAGCUCAAGUCGCCGAUCAACCAGCAAGGAGUGUUCCAGCCUCCCUCGACAUGGAGACCUACAUCACCUCAGCAAUGAAAGUUUCUUGAAUGGAAACAAACCAGCUCCAUCUAGUCUAAGUCCUACGCUCCACCCCAAAGUACAGUACAUGUCCCAGACAUUAAACCGUUCUGCCUCUUCCAGCAAAGAUCUGGCCAACAACAACCUGCCACACCUUCUGAGUCCCAAAGAGACCAAAAACAAGACAGAGUUUGACUUCAACUUGGGGCCGACAACAAAGCUGCCAGAUCAGGGACAUGGGGCGAAGUACAGCCACAGUAAACCAAGCUCGUCUCGCUCUCAGCAACAGCAGCAGCUGCAGCAGCAGCAGCUGCAGCAACAGCAGCUGCAGCAACAGCAGCUCCAGCAACAGCAGCUGCAGCAGCAGCAACAACAGCAACAGCAGCAGCAGCAACAGCAGCAGCAGGCAAGUCGCCACACCUUCCUGGAAAAUAAAACCAACACCUUACAAUCAGGAGGAGAAAAGCAACAUGGCCGCCACGCUCACAGUAUGGCCGAUUCUGCACACGGAUCCAUGUCCUCGUCCUCUAAAAGCUCAGCGUCUUAUCUGAGCCUCUCCAAGAGCCACGGGGCUCUUAGUGAUGCAAAAUCUGUGGGGACCCUCAAUGAUGGCCGACUUCACCCAGAUGAUCCAAACUCCAACACAGCAGCUGUUGUAGGACCCAGUGCCCGCUUCUUCCCUGCCAGCUGCUUAGACCUCAAUGCCCCAUCAGGUCUUCCGGGACCACCUGGCAGCCCCUCUGCGCGACACAGUGACCGAUCAGGACACAGCCCUGUUUCACGUAGCAGCGGGAAUGUCCGUAUGGAAAGCAGCACGCUGGACUCUUCAUCGAGACACAAAUCCAGACACAAAUCGUUAGCCCCAGAUGCCGUUGCUCCAGAGCUCCUAGACCCAGGAGGACCAGCAAUGCCCAACACACAUACUCUUCCCUCCCCCCACGAGUCUUACCAUUAUGGCCUGGGCUAUACUUCCCCCUUUUCCUCCCAGCAACGGCCUCAGCGCCACUCCAUGUACGUGAGGCGGGAACGUCACCGAACUCAUGGGUCUGAGGGGGUCAUGGCGGGCUUGCCUCCCCCUGGACAAGCGAUACCGACACGGGCCAGUAGCCUCCAGCUCCUCUCCCCACAGCUGCAGCAUCGUACCAACCUGACUGGACAUUCUGUGAGCUCUUCCAGAGAGGACUGUACUGAUGAGAUGACAAGGUCGGCUUUGACCAGCACCUGUCCGUCUUCUCAACAGAGCGAACAGCCCCCUAAAGACAUGAGCCACCCUUGUGCCCCCAUCAAAGACUCUACGAGGGACAACUCUGCUGCUUUUCAUACACAGCGCACUAAAAAUGAGGUCAGUAUGUAUCACGACCCUCAUGGUGAGGAUGCAGGUUCAUCCAAGGACAACCGGAUGAUCUUCACUGAGUCCAUGCCUCGGAGAGUAGGCAGCUUUUACAGAGUCCCCUCCCCCAGACCGGAUAACUCCUCUUCUUUCCACGAAGGUGUUGGUCAGGGCAGAGGGCCAGGGGUACCUGUUGUCGCUGGUGAUCCAGGUGGCAUGACGAACCACUCCAAACGCCAGACGGCUUUUGAUUGGACCACUGCAGAAGCGAUGGUCAUGAAUCCUCCGGAGCCCACCAAAGAGAAGCAAAAACAAGGCUUUUUCAAAGCCAUUAAAAAGAAAAAGAAGAAGACGCAAAUAACAGACGUGGAGGAUGGAAGGAAUCCAAGCAUCAAGAAAAGCCUUUUUCCUCUUUUUAGCUCUAAGAAUAGCUUAAAGCACAACUCAGCUGGAAAAAUCCUUCCUGUAGUUGCCUCCCCUAUGGUUCAACAUCAGUCUCCGGCACCCUACCCUGCCUCACCAGUAACUGGAAAUGGGCAAGAACACCUUUCCCUUCAGAGGAGCUCCAAGUCAUCCUCUCACCACAGCAGCAGACGGAAAAACCGAGAACGAUCGAGGGACAGAGACCGGGAACAGAGCAGAGACAGAGAGCGGGACAGGGAGAGAGACAGAGAGCGGGAGAGAGAAAACAAGAGAGAGAGGGAGAGAGAGAGGGAGAGAGGGAGGGAAAGAGAAAGGAUCAAUGACUGGCAACCAGACAAGCAGGUGGACACCCAUUCUCAGAGCCAGCCACUUAAGUCACUUCGUCGACUCCUUCAUCUGUCCCCGUCUCCGUCAAACCAAGGGCAGACUCUUCCUCCACCUCCUCCUGACCUGCGCUUCCAAGCCCCCCUCCCCAACCCACCUCAGCCCUCCUCCAAAGCCGGCUACCCAGAUGGUCGAGGGCACACAGAGAGCAGGGGGCAUUCAGGGGUGAGCAGCUCGGGCCAGGCAAAGAACCGCAAGCCCAGCUACACCCUACCAGGACAGAUCGAGUCAAGCUGGCACGUGUCAGCUUUACAGCGAGUGGAAGGCGCUCAGUUCACUCCAGAACAACUGGGCAUCAAACCAGGUCAAAACGGACCUACUUUUACUCGGGCAUCUCGUACCAGGAUUCCAAAUCUCAACGACCUAAAGGAGACAGCCCUGUAACACCCUUUUUUGACGUGACUCUAUCUUUGGAACCUGGCCGUUGUCAUAACGGUACCAUAGUAAAAGUAGACAAUGGAGCUCACAUGUUCUCUAUCAGAAAUAUACUUAUCUGUUGAUUCUCCUGUCUUUGAAAUCUGCAAAGACCAGACACUGACAGGACAAGCAUUAGUGAUGUGUAGUUUGGUGAUGUAAAGACAUGGAGGUCCUCGCACCUUCUCAGGAUGUCAGCCCCACAUCAGUUUAUCUGCUCACAUGAGAACAAGCAGAACUUUCCUGUCAAGGAGACACUGCCUGUGUGGCCUCUCUGCUGCCAUCUUCUGCUUACUGGACACCACUGCAACAAUUUAGAUGAUGCAGUCGCAGGGGUGGCCAUUAAACUCAAAGGUUUUUUUCAAGCACUGAUAUUUGAUAACAAAAAAAAACAGAGAAAUAUUUAUAUCGAUAUUAUUUAUUAAAUAUUUAUUUGUUUUAAAUUCACGGAUAUAAGCUAUAAAUGACACAGUAUGUAGGUGAUAUGGGAAUAUUAUAUAUAAAAAAAUAGAAUUAAAUGUGUAAUUGCAAGAGCUUUAGUUUCGACACAGAGAAAUCAAUAGAUAUUUAUGUGUUCAUAAUAUUGUCAAAAAGAAUAUUUAAUAAUGGUGAACGGUGAAUGGUGUUUAUGUUUAAUAUGAUGAGGUUAACAUACUUUGUUAUCCUAUUUUUACCCACUUUUGUUAUUUCAUCAAAUUGUAAAAAA